AUGGCGACGCGGGCGCGCGCGGGAGGAGGUGAGAGCGCGCGCGCGCGCGUCGAGGGGUCGUCCGCGCGCGCGAGGCUCGGGCGGAGCGGCGGUGGUGGCGGAGGUGUUCGAGGGAGGAGAACUUUGGUUUCGGCAUCGAUCUCGCUCGGACGCGCGCGAGGAGGGACGCGCGCGCGAUCGGCGGCGGAGAAAGAAUCCGAGGGACGUGUGACGGACGGGGCGAGCGAUAGGACGUCUUCGUCGAUCGUGGAGGCGGAGAUCGUGGACGGAGAGGUUUUAGACGUCAUGGGACGGCGCGAGGCGGAAUCCUCGGGCGUGACGAGCGGGACGACCCUUUUCGGGGUCCCGAUGUCUCCGGAGGUGUACGCGAUCGCGCUGGUGUACUUUGUGCAGGGGGUGAUCGGGCUAUCGAGGCUGGCGAAGGAUUUCUACCUCAAAGAUGAGCUGCACCUGGGGCCGAGCGAGACGGCGAUGAUUUUAUCGAUAGCCCAGACGCCGUGGUUGGUGAAGCCUCUGUGGGGCUUUCUGAGCGAUUCCGUGCCGAUCUUUGGCUAUCGGAGAAAGUCGUACUUGUUGUUGUGCGGGGCUAUCGGGUGCUUGGGGUGGAGCUCAAUGGCGACGUGGGUGGACUCGCCGGAGACGGCGCUCGUGGCGUUCACGCUCGGGUCGCUGAGCAUCGCGUUUAGCGACGUGCUCAUCGAUAGCAUCGUCGUCGCCAAGGCUCGGGGGGAAGAACAAGGGGUUUCGGGAUCACUACAGUCCCUGUGCUGGGGAUUUGUCGCCCUCGGAAGUAUCGUAAGCUCGUACUUCAGCGGUAGUCUGAUCGAGACGUACGGCACGAGGUUUGUCUUCGGCGCCACCGCGAUGUUCCCGCUUCUCAUCGCCGGCGCGUCGACGUUGGUACAAGAGAAAUCCGUUCCAGCGACCACGCGAUCGCGCGACGGCGUCAUCGGUGAUUUCAAGGAGAUGACUGGGAAGAUUUUUAAAGUCGCAAAGCGCCGCGAGAUUUGGGCACCCGCGUUGUUUGUCUUCCUGUACCAAGCCACGCCGAGCGCGGGAACGGCUAUGUUCUACUUCAAUACGAACGAGUUGGGAUUUACGCCCGAGUUUUUAGGUCGAGUGUCGCUCCUUCGCGCGAUUGCCGCCCUCGGCGGCGUGGCUCUGUACAACGGGUACCUCAAGCGCGUGCCGCUAAAGAAGAUGUUCUUCUGGGGCACCGUCGCGGGCACUGUUCUGGGAUCGACGCAGCUCUUGCUCAUCAGUCGAAUGAAUUUGGAGUUGGGCAUAAGCGACAAGGUUUUCGCCCUGACGGACACCGCGGUUUUGACAGUUCUGGGCGAGGUGAGCUUCUUACCGGUGCUCGUGUUGGCGGCGAAGCUCUGUCCCGAGGGUGUCGAGGCGACAUUCUUCGCCGCUCUCAUGUCGCUCUUCAAUGCCGGCGGCGUCACGAGUGAGUUCUUGGGCGCGGGCCUGACGAAACAGCUCGGCGUCACGGCGGAUAACUUUGACAAUCUCUUCUUACUCGCCUCCAUCUGCAUAGUGUGCAACCUCCUUCCGCUCGCGGCGAUUAACCUGGUGGACGAAGCCAAGGACGAGCCGACGAGCAUCGACGAAGGGGACCUGGAAUCGGGAACGAAGAAGGCGUAA